AUGAAAGAAAAAGUCGACUUUUCAAAUUGUUUUGAGUUUUCUCCGCAAACGUUCAAACAAAGAAGACCAGUGUUGUUCAUUUGUGUGAUCGUCAUUGUGUUUUUAAAUGCCUAUGAUAACGUACACGUAACUGGAAGUUUUCGUGUGAAGAAGACUUGCGUUGGAAUGAUUCAGUCCCAUUACCACUAUAAUGCUGACUUCACUGUGAUAAGCAGUAAAUCAAAUAUCUCUCUUCUCGGUAUCAGUUCCUCUUCGAAUGUCUGUUAUUCAUCUCGUAUCCUAUUGGUUUCUAAGAAAAUUGCUCGUUUGACUGAUUCCAUGAAGCAGGCUUCUAGGAAUUCGCUGACUGCACUUCUGGUGUUUCCUCUGUCCAAGAUUUCGACAUUACCCCAAUCAAACUGAAUCCCAUAAUUGUUUAUAUGCACUGAUAUGAAAGAAUACACAUCGUGUCUUUCCACGGUUGAUAGGUGUUCUUGGAUUCUAAUAAUUCGAAGGGGACGCCCACUUUGGCCGAUGUAAUGUCUGUUACAGUUCAUACCAUUUAUUUCGUAAAUGGGAAUAAUUUUAUCUGCUUUUCUGUUGGAUCUUUCGGUUUGCACAAUAUUGAGUUAGGCGAUUUGACUUGCUUGUGUGCUAUAUAUACUUCAAACGGUUUCAAUAUUCUAUGUGUUAUUUCAGAGAUGUUUUUUAAAUAUGGUGGAAUGAAUGUUUCUUGCGGUCUUUCAUGAUGGUUUCUUGUUGAUGUUGUGACUCGAUUUGUAAAGAUAUCCUUGCUUUUUUAAGACAGUUAGUAAGUAUUUUCUUCCAUUCUCGUCAUCAUUAGAGUGCCACAGUAUGUUUGAACUAUUUUAAACAAUGUCUGCGCACAGUAUUUUUGUGAAUAAUUAGGUCAUUGCUAGUAUAGUUGAGUAUUUGGUCUGCUUGCAGUGAGUUUCCAUAUACUCGCAUUUCUAAAUUUUCCGUGUUAGUUCUCCUGAUUAAGACAUCUAAGAAUGGGAUUUCGUUUUAUAAUUCUUUUUCUCCUCUGAAAUUCAUGUCUUCAGAUAUGUUGUUUAUUAAUUUACGGAUACGUCUUUACACUA